AUGUAUAUCGACAUCACAGCCACAUUGGACUGGCCCGUUCCUAAUUAUGUUAACCCCGAAAGAUAUGGUUCAUCCAUUUUCGUUGUCCAUGGAGUACUUUACCCGAUUGUGUUGGCGAUGCUGGGAAUUCGCAUUUAUACUCGCUUGUACAUAUCAAAAUGUUUUGGUUUGGAUGAUUGUUUGGCUCUCUUUAGUAUGAUACCCAUCACUGGUUUUGCUGUCAUGAGCAUUUUUGUCGAAACAUACGUUGGAUGGGAUGUCCACGCUUGGGAUGUUCCCUACGAUUCGCUUGCCCUUGGUCUCAAAUGCAUCUACACAACGCAAAUUCUGUUUACACUGGCGCUCACUCCCAUAAGAAUUUCUAUGCUGUGGCUUAUUGCACGGUUAUUCGAAAAUGGGGCUCCUAAACUCCGACGCGUUGCACAAGGGCUUAUGAUAUAUGUGCUCAUACACGGCUCGAUUUUCGCUAUUACUUUGACAUUCCAGUGCAGGCCGAUCUCUGAUUACUGGGUAGUUUCCUUCAAACCCCAGCCAAACUGCAUCAACCAAGAAGUCCAUCUCCUCUUCACGUCCAUCUGUAAUGCAAUUAGCGAUUAUGCAGUUGUGGUUUUACCAAUCCAUACAGUAUGGCACUUGCAACUACCCUUCAAGCAAAGAAUAUCUCUCUGUAUGCUUUUCGCAAUUGGCUUCAUCGCCUCUACCGCAAGCGUCGUUCGAACGGUUUACGUAUGGAACUCUACAUCAAACUAUGAUAGAACCUGGACCGCAUAUCCCGUAUACAUAUGGAGUUCCGUCGAAAUUUACCUCGGCCACUUUUGCGCAUGUAUGCCACCAAGUGUAGGUUUCUGGAAACUCUACUACCCCAAGCUCGUUGGAACUUUCAACCGAUCCGAACAAAACACAUCCAAAUCAAGUAAAUUCUGGAGUUCGAAAUCCGAACCCAAACAGGAUCGAAACAAUUCUCACGAACUCGCCGAUACGGACGAUGAGGAACGAGGUAUCAUUGUUGAGCGGGACGUCACAAUCGAGACUUAUAAUCACGCGAAGAACGAAUCUAUGGGAGUCCAAGGAUCGUGUACGGUGAUAGAUCAAUCGCCUGAAUUGCCCAAUUUCUCUUUCAAUAACAAUCACAAACGAUAUCUAUAG